AUGGCUCCUUACCACACUUUCAUGGACUUCAACGAGCCUGAGCUGCCUGGCAUCGUCGUACCUCAGCCAGUGUACACUGCACCCGGGCAGUUCACCCAACUGCAUACCAUUCGCUUCUACGAAGGAGGGCGACCGGGCAUGCGCCUCUCGAACGCCCUCAACAGGGUCUUCCAAAACUUGGCCCGCGGCAACGACGUGCCGCAACUGUCAGAACAGGCGAAGAAGAUCACUAUCCGUAUCAACUGGCCUGGAUACCAAUCGUGGAGCCAGGUCGUGCACGCCUUCGACCACUCGUACGAAACCAGGCCGAUUACCAUCGCCAAGCUUGCACAUGAGAUCGCCAAGAACGUCAGGCUACUAAAGAGUGACAUGCGAGGCGUCGCGUGCUCGAGUGCAGACUGGAGUCUGGACCAGAUCAACGUCGAGGAGCUCGUACUGGUCGAGCUCCGUCACGUCUCCACGGGGAGCUGGCAGCCUGUCCUGUGUCUGGACAGGCAUUAA